AUGAAACGAGGACCUGAUUUGCGAAACAAAAGAAAUGCAGCUCAGGGAGGAUACGGAGUGAUGCCAAAACAGUCUUGGAGGUUCUCUGAUUCGAUGGAUAGAAUUUUUACAAUGCAAUACGGUCGACGUUAUGGGUUGGAUGUUGGGUUGAGUGAUCGGAUGAUUCUUCUUUCCCUUGGAAGCAAAAAUAGGCGGUUGGAUGAUAAAAAAGUUAAACAGAUCACUGAAGUAUUUCAGCGCAGAUUGAUCGAAAUUAUUGGAUGCCAUGACAAGUUAGCAGGAAAGGAUUUAAUGUUUUCAAGGGUGACUGUAGACAAGGGAUUUUCAUUGUUGUCGGUUAACUGGAUUUGCAAAGGUGAAGGGGAUGAGGAUAUUGAGCAAUUACUUGAACAAGAAAGGCAUUCCCUUCGACGACAACUCUCUGAAUCGCUGGGUGGCGGAAGCGUACCAGAAAUCCGUUUCAUUGCUGAUAAAACCGAGCUAAAAUUAAAAGAAAUGGAGCAACUCUUCAAGCAAGCCGAUUAUGGUGUUGAUUAUCGAACGCUUUCAAAUGCUGCUCGCGUCAUGGGUAAUGUGCCGGAUCCCAAGCUAGAACAACUUUCUUCGAGCAACAACGAACGACAGAAACCUCCUCCGGCUUGGAAAGUGAGAUGGGACGAAAAAAAAGAAAAACGACUUGGGGAACUGAACAAUUUGUUU